AAGCGCUUUGUAGCCAACAAACAGUGCAGCUUCCUCUUAUUGCCGAUGGUUACAGGCAAACUGAACUAAAAGACCCUCUUCACAACACGAGGGAGGAUGGCGUCGCUCUUCCGAAGUGAGGAAAUGUGCCUGACGCAGCUGUUUCUGCAGGUGGAGGCUGCCUAUUGCUGCAUCGCUGAGCUGGGAGAGCUUGGCCUUGUGCAGCUUCGAGAUUUGAAUCAAAGUGUCAGCUCCUUCCUACGGAAAUUUGUGAAUGAAAUUAGACGGUGCGAAGUGAUGGAGAGGAUUCUUCGCUUUCUCGAGACUGAAAUGGAGAAGGCUGACAUUGUAGUCCAGGAUAAUGGGGAAAAUUGCCCAGCUCCUCUUCCAAAGAAUAUGAUUGACCUGGAGGUGGUUCUGGAGAAGCUGGAAAAUGACCUGAAUGAGGUGAAUCGGAACCAGAAAACACUCAAACAGAACUUUUUGGAGUUCAGCGAACUCAAGCACUUGCUGAAGAAAACCCAGGACUUCUUUCAGACAGGAGCAAAUGUAUCCAAUGAUUUCUUCAGUGAAGAUACCGUACAUCUGCUGGAACUGCAGCACGAGACUGUAGCCAUCGCUCCUGGCAGACUCGGGUUUAUAGCUGGUGUGAUUCGAAGGGAGAGAAUAGCUGCCUUUGAGCGAUUGCUGUGGAGAGCCUGCAGAGGAAAUGUGUACAUGAAGCAGUCGGACAUGGAUGUACUGCUGGAAGAUCCAACCACUCUUGAGCCCGUUCAGAAGAGUAUGUUCAUUGUCUUCUUCCAAGGGGAGCAACUGAGACACAAGGUGAAGAAGAUAUGUAACGGGUUCCACGCCACAAUGUACCCCUGCCCUGAAUCUGCUGUCGAGCGACGUGAAAUGGAAGCUGUUGUAAAGUCACGCAUCGAUGAUCUAACUACGGUAUUGAACCAGACGGAAAGCCAUCGCCGUCGGGUUCUGCAGGAAGCAGCCAAGAACCUGAGGAACUGGCAGGUGAAGGUGAAGAAAAUAAAAGCCAUCUAUCACACUCUGAAUCUGUGCAAUAUUGAUGUGACACAGCAGUGCCUCAUUGCAGAGAUGUGGUGUCCCGUGGCUGAUGUAGGCAGGAUCAAGAAGGCACUCAACCGAGGAAAGGAGAGAAGUGGUUCCAGCGUCGCUCCCAUCAUGACCAUGGUGCAGACUAACAUGGCUCCCCCCACCUUCAAUCGAACAAACCGGUUCACGGCAGGCUUCCAGAACAUUGUAGAUGCGUAUGGCGUUGGGGCGUACAGGGAAGUCAAUCCCGCUCCUUACACGAUCAUCACCUUUCCAUUCCUGUUCGCCGUCAUGUUUGGGGAUUGUGGUCAUGGAGCGAUUUUGCUUGGCUUCUCGCUGUAUAUGAUCAUUCAUGAGAAGAACCUUGGUGCCCAAAGAGGAAGUAAUGAGAUUUGGGAUACAUUCUUCAAUGGGCGGUACCUUACCCUCUUGAUGAGCAUCUUUUCCAUUUAUACCGGCUUCAUUUACAAUGAUUGCUUUGCCAAGGCCUUCAACAUAUUUGGAUCAUCAUGGCACGUCCACGCCAUGUUUCACAACGGAACCUGGGACGCUCAUGUUCUCGAAAACAAUGUUUUGCUGCAGUUAGAUCCAGCAGUGCCUGGAGUAUUUUCUGGAAAUCCGUAUCCAUUCGGCAUUGAUCCGAUUUGGAACAUUGCAUCGAACAAGCUGACCUUCCUGAACUCUUACAAGAUGAAGAUGUCUGUCAUUCUAGGCAUCACACAGAUGACAUUUGGUAUCACCCUCAGCCUUUUCAAUCAUAUCUACUUUAAGAACACCAUGAAUAUUCUGCUGCAGUUUGUACCUGAGAUGAUUUUCAUCCUGUGCUUGUUUGGAUACCUGGUCUUCAUGAUUAUUUACAAGUGGUGCCACUACACCGUUCACACUUCCCGGUUUGCCCCAAGCAUUUUGAUCCACUUCAUCAAUAUGUUCCUCUUUAAUUAUAGCGAUUCUUCAAUUGAACCUUUAUAUGAGCAUCAGAAAGAAGUUCAGAGCCUUCUGGUGAUAUUGGCUCUCAUCGCUGUGCCCUGGAUGCUUCUAUUCAAACCCUUCAUUUUACUCUCAAACCACAGGAAAGCUCAACUUAGGUUACAGUCUACUCCACACAACAGCACUAUCUCUGAUGAUAUUGAGGUCGAGAUUCUGCAGCCCAACCAGAUGAGUGCUGAGAGCCAUAGGGAUGAACACGAUGAAGAGUUCAACUUUGGUGAUAUCUUUGUGCACCAAGCGAUCCACACCAUUGAGUUCUGCCUAGGCAGCAUCUCCAACACUGCCUCCUACCUUCGCCUCUGGGCUCUCAGCCUGGCCCACGCAGAACUCUCCGAAGUCCUGUGGACUAUGGUAAUGCAUAUCGGACUGUCCAGUGCUUCGUGGGCUGGGCUCAUUGGCGUCUUCAUUAUCUUUGCCAUAUUUGCUGUGCUAACGGUCGCCAUCCUGUUGGUUAUGGAAGGACUGUCUGCUUUCUUGCACGCUCUGCGGCUUCACUGGGUUGAGUUUCAGAACAAGUUCUACAGUGGAACUGGCUACAAGUUUAACCCAUUCUCUUUUAAAACCAUUCUGGAUGGAAAUCCAGAUGAAUAAACCUCCAGUUUGAAACCGUUGUCUGUUCCCACAAAAUCUAAAUCCAAACUGCAGAAAUAUCACUGUGAAUCUUAACAUUGAAUCUUUUGGAUGCUCUUUGACCUCAAACUAUUUUGAUUAAUAAAGUAAUUUUGAGUGGAAAA